AUGCUUUCUUUUAUCUGCCUCCUGCCCCUCUCGUUGGCCCUCGCAACAUAUCGCUCCGAAAGCUCUCCAAACACGAUUGUAAAGAUUUACUUGUCUACCACAUCUACGAAUCUCACUCCCAGGCAAGAGGGCUACAAGUGGUGCCACCCAGAACAUCCCGGAACAUGUACUAUUGCAUACAUCAUCGAUUUAACGAAGCCCCAUCCAAUCAGCAUUCAAGUUACCGAUAACAACUGCGAUGAUGCACUCGGUGGUGCAAGAAAUCUAGACAUAGGCUCCACUCUUGCGGAUUUCGAGACAGAUUUCAGACGAACAGAUCCAGUCACAAAGUUUACGAUUAAAAGUGUUGUAAAUGGUAAGCCUGAGAUGAAGGUAGAUGGAAAGGAAUUAUCCUGGCAUCCUCCUGCGCGUGCUGAUUCAAGGACAAUUCAUACUGCACCUUUUGAUUGUCACAUGAGAUAA